AUGGGCAGGGGAGACGUCUUUCAGAGCCUUUUUCAUCAAUCGGAGGAUUACAGGGAGUUGUCCACUCUCUUUCCACGCGCGCUGAUGGGCGGCAAGGCCAGCAUUGUGAGGACUAUAAUCGAGGCAUUUCCCAACACACUGGAAAACUACGAGUCCAGCUACAAUGAGACGGCUUUGCUCCGUGCCGCCGAGGAUGGAGGUGAAGAAGUGGUUCGAUACCUGCUUUCUCUCAACACGACCCCCAUCAAUUAUCAGGAUCGCGACGGUAAGACUGCUUUAUACUUUGCUGUCGAGUCACGGGAUCUCGGCAAAGUCAUAGCUCUUCUAGAGCAUCCCGAUAUACACGUCAAUCAGAAAACGAGCGAAGAUUGCCACUGUCAACCACUGCUCCACUGCGCAGUUAACCAACAUUGUGUGGAUGCCGAGAUCAUGAAGACUUUACUAGCUCAACCUGAUAUAAAUGUCAACUCUCGAGAUCUGUGUGCCAGGAGUCCCCUCGCUUCAGCGGCUUUCAACGGGAAAGCUGAACUGGUGCAGCUCCUCCUGCAGCGACAUGAUGUGGAUUUAUUCCCCGUGGAUAACUGUGGAAACACCCCGUUGCUUCUCGCCGCCGAAGAAGGAGAAAUUCACAUUGUGAAUAUGCUAUUGAAGGUACCAGGUACGGAUAUUUAG